GAGAAUGAAAAUGUUGAAAGAAUGAACAAUUUCACGAUUCGCUCCAUUGCAACGUUCAUGCGAUCGCAUUCUGAUGUUUACGGUGGAGAUUUCGGCCGUGUAAAUCUACGGCGAGGAGAUCUUCUACCACACAAUAACGAUACCGUCCGUUCGACGUCAUCAGCUACUCGUCGCACAGAAUCGCAGGCACCUCGCUAG